AACACAGUCCUAGCCUACAACAACAAAAAAUCGACAGUAUAGGCUACUGUAGCCAUUAUAGGGCUAUGGUUGCACAUUUCUAAAACUAUUUGGGCUUGAGCCUCCGUGCAAGUGUUAAACUCAAUAUAACACAGCUGACCUUGUUUGAAUAUGAAUAAGAAAAACGAGAAAAUCAAACGCAGGUAAACGAAACAACUAAGCCUAUGGACCCUUUUCAUGUGACGUCACGACAAACGGGGCCGCCGUUUUGGACAUGUACUACCAGUAGCUUACCACAGCCAACAUUGAGGAACAGCAGCAAAGAAAGUGUUUAUUUUCAGCAAGACUUCCAUCAUGCUACUAUAUUGUUGUGCACCUGGAUGUAGUAACCAUCAACAAACAAGGCAAGGUUUAUCAUUUUAUCGGAUCCCGACGGAGAAGAUGGAUAGCGGCCAUUAACAGAUUGUCAUCCCUCGGCAUACCAACGCUUGUGUAGUGACCACUUUGUUGGAGUAGCUGACCACGAGGACCGUCAGAAUGUCAUUGCACGGGUUGCAGCACCUGCACGGGUUGCAGCGCCUGCACGGGUGGCAGAGGAUCGAGGAGCAGGAAUGCCACGCCGCCGCCGAGGUCUCGACAGGAUGAUGGCACAGAGACGUGCACAGCGAGAUGCCACACAGAUUGAAAACCUUCCUGUCGAGGUUGAUGACGAUGAGGAGGAUGAAAGACCGCAGACUGAAGAGAGACCUCAGGCUACAGGGAAAGUGGGCGCUAAGAAGCAGAGAAAACUGGAGGAAAAGCAAGCCAGGAGAGCGCAGAGAGAGGCAGAGCUGGAGGAGCGAGAGGAGAGGAGGCGCAUACAGGAGCUGAGAGAGCAGGAGCGAAAGAAAGAAGAGGAGAAAGAGAGACUGCAGGAACAGAAAGAGGAGGAGGAGCAGCGUCGUGCUAAAGAGGAACAGGAGAAGAAAGAGGAAGAGGAGUAUCAGAAACUCAAAGCAUCCUUCGUCGUCGAGGAGCAGGGAGAAGUGGAGGAGCUGACCGAACAGGAGUCUCGUAACCUGCUUCAAGAGUUUAUCCAGUAUGUGAAGGAUUCCAAAGUGGUGCUUUUGGAGGACUUGGCAUCGCAUUUUGAAAUGCGCACUCAGGAUGCCAUCACGAGGCUGCAGGACCUGAUAGCAGAAGGUUCAAUUACAGGCGUGAUUGACGACAGGGGGAAGUUUAUCUUCAUCACUCCAGAGGAGAUGAACGCCGUGGCUCAGUUUAUCAAACAGAGAGGAAGAGUCUCCAUAUCUGAACUCGUGCAAGCCAGUAACAUGCUCAUCAACCUGAAUCCUACGAUGCAGACCACAUCCUGAUCCCACACACCAACAACAUUAACAGACACUGUGCAGCAUUUCUGAACGUUUGUGCCAGGCAUAUUUCUAUUUUUAAAUAAAAGUGGAUUGAACUGUU